UUGAACGAGACUUACGCGUGACCAAUUCAAAAGUCAGUGAGCUUUUCAGCUUCAGGUUUAUUAAUUUAACUCUUUAGAAAUUGCUGUUCUCGUUUCAGGAGAUCCAAAUUGAAAGAGAUGUCUUUGCCGGGGAAAUGGGAAGAUUGCAGGAGGUAAUCAAGCAUCUCAAGAAGUCACAGCAACGACUGAGCAAAGAAAACAAGGAGAUCAAUUACAUGAAAGACAAGAACAAGAUACUCGAACUUGCAAACGAGCGGCUUCAUGCCUCCAUCCAGGCUCUACAAGGCUCUGUCACGAAAGCCAACGAGGACAUGGAUGCAAGCAAGCAGGCGGCAGAAUCGGCAACGCAAGAGGCAAAAGAAAUGACCAGGCUUUAUGACAGAAUUAUGGAGCACAAGAGCCGCCUCGAAAAACUGGUCGAUAUGGAGAAAGCCAGCAAGGAGAAGGUAGAAAGGAGAACGCUCACUUUGUCAGCAUUAAUAACAAGGACGGAGAAGCAGCUGAUGGAACUCGCUAGAAAAGGUGUUCCUAUACCUGGACUUAAGCUGAGAGGUGGAGGAGCAGAUGAUCCUUACUACAACGUUGUGUAUAGAAGUCAAGGUGCUGGUGACGCGGUUACUCAGGUCGCGGUGGAUCAAGGGUGCCAGACAUCUUCUCACUCAGCCAAGCCAGCAGCGGUUCCAAGAUGCCGGAGCGCCAGCCCGGUGGUGCCAAAACUCAACCUUGGAAAGCUCUCGGCCCCGGAUGUAUGUGACAAGCCCAAACCAAAUACUGUCGUUCCAGUGCCGCCGGAGGUAGCGUCCAAGUCGUCCAAGUCCUCAAAGUCCUCCAAGAAGUCUUCGAAGUCUUCGAAGGCAUCGAAAAAGAAGACUAGAGGUUCACCGUCACCAGAACCUUAUUCAAGACCACCGUCGCGUCUGGCUUUCAUUUCCGAGGCUUCACUGCCUGCGAGUUUGCGUCAGCCAACUGAAAGUUUUCCUUCAGCUACAGGACCACCACCACCACCAGCACUAGCGGCAGAAGCAGCAGCAGCAGCACCGCCACCAGCACCAGUGGCAACAGUAGCAGCAGCAGCACCACCACCAGCGGUAGCUCCUCCAGUUGCGACAGCAACAAUAGCUCCUUCCGUGGUGGUAGCGGCAGCGGCAGCAACAGCUCCACAAGCUUCACCACCAGCAGGAUCUCCUGCCGCUGCUCCAUCAUCAGACCGAGAGAUCCAUCGUGUGAAGAACGAAUCCAGAAAGCUGGAAACAGUCACAGAAGAGAUGGAAGUCACCGUCCAGAGCUACAACGACAAGCGGCCAAGCACAAGCUUGGGCGACAGGCGGCAGAAACUUAGAAGCAACGAGACGAGCACAAGCUCCAGGAGCUACUUCAACUCAAUGGGCAAGAACAAGCAACGGAUGCUGGAAAUUCGAUCGCAGCGAGACCAGGAGUGCCUUGCGUGGCUUCGAACGUUGGAAGUUCCUGAAGAACAGGCCGCCGAAAAUGUGAGAGCCACCACGACCGCUACCACAACGUUGGAACAGCCUUGUCGGAGCCGGCCACCACCGAAGCCAGACGUGGUCUUUGCGGAGGACACCUUACAGAUGACUCAGCUAACCAGACCGGCUUUCGAGUUUCCCACUAGACCAGGUAACCGACGUGUUUGGCGACAACAGCAUCCUCCAUAGCUCCACAGCUGGGCGA